AUGACUCCUUCCUCGAUCGAAUCGAAACCCGACGCGAUGGCGAAGCCGCGAGAUGACGAACCACGGCCGGAGGGCGUCGACGAGAAGAAUGGGGAGAUUGUCGAGUUGAACGAGACCUACACGGCUGAGGAGGAGAGGGCCGUUCUCCGGAAGAUUGACUGCACCAUCUUGCCAAUAAUGUGUCUCGUGUUUUUCCUGCAGUAUCUGGACAAGCAGAGUCUGAGUUACGCCAGUGUGUUUGGUCUCAUCACGGACUUGAAGUUGACCAGCACGCAAUACUCGUGGUGUUCAUCGAUCUUCUACGUCGGCCAACUCGUUUCCGAAUACCCCUUCAUCUACUUGAUGAGCAGACUACACCUGACCAAGUUUGUGGGAGUCACCGUCGUCAUGUGGGGCAUCGUCUGCAUGUGUCUUGCAGCUCCCAACAACUACGCCGGCUUCGCUGCUGUCCGAUUCCUCCUCGGCUUCGCCGAAGGCGCCGUCAGUCCGGCCUUCAUCACCAUCACAAGCAUCUGGUACCGAAAAGACGAGCACGCCCUCCGCACAGCCUUAUGGAUCACCAUGAACGGCCUGGCUCAAAUCUGCGGCUGCCUCCUCAUGUAUGGCAUCGCCAAGAACGAAGCCCUCGCCCUGGCCCCCUGGCGCACCCUCUUCCUCGUCUGCGGCGCCAUCACCUCGGCCUCCGGCGUCGUCUUCUACCUCUUCAUGCCCAACGGCCCCAAGGACGCGUGGUUCCUGACGCCGCGCCAGAAGCAGGUCCUCUCGAUGCGCAUGGCCAAGGACCGCGAGGGCGGCGACAAGACGUCGUUCUCGCUGCGUCAGCUCAAGGAGGCGCUGCUGGAUGUCAAGACGUGGUUUGUGUUCUGGUUCGGCGUGCUUGUUACCAUGCAGUCUCCCGUGCUCACGUUUGCUUCUUUGGUGAUUAAUACCAUCGGAUACAACAAGUUCGAGACGAUGUUAUACACAGCUCCGUCAGGCGCCGUGCAGAUUGGAAUGCUUUGGAUUGGCGUCUGUGGAUGCAUGAUGUUUCCCAAGCACAGAACCCUAGUAGCACUCGUCCUUAUCCUGCCGCCGCUGGCCGGAAACAUCCUCCUCCUGAAGCUAUCAACAGAUGCAGGCUGGGGCAUGAUCGGGGCAUCUUGGCUCGCAUCCUGCAUCACAGCGGUCUGGUCGAUCCUACUCUCCCUCACGGCCUCCAACGUCAAGGGCAACACGAAGCGCGCCAUUGUCAACGCCAUGUUCUUCAUCGGCUACUGUGCCGGCUGCAUCGGGGCGCCGCAGCUCUGGACCGAGAAGCCGCGCUACUUUAACGGCGUCGUCACCGCCAUCGUGACGUGGUGUCUGCUCUUCACCGUCAUCGUCGCGUAUCGAUACCUCUGCACCAGGGAUAAUGCCAAGAGACAGGCUGCGGCGGAUGGUGGUAUUGGUGGUAUUGGUGGCGAGAGUGGCAAUGGAGAGGUCGUUCUCGACGCUGCGGGCGCACCGGAGAGUGAUUUGACGGAUAAGGAGGAUAAGCAGUUUCGGUACAGCGUGUAA